GAAACCUGCUCUCUCUGUUGCACUUGCGCAGAAGGUUGCGGCGUGACACGCGUGUGGAGGAAGUGCAGUGACAGGUCUGUAGCAGCUGCCUCGUCUCUCUCCACACAGAAGCUGCUGAACUGUACUUUAUUUAUUAUCAUUAAAAAUGUCGUGGCUGUUCGGCCUGAACAAGGGGCAGCCCGAACCUCCCGGUCUCCCGGUUCAGCCGCCGCCGCCUGCCGGAGGCUCCAGCGGUGGCGGAGACAAACCCAAGGACAAAUGGAGCAACUUCGAUCCCACCGGGCUGGAGCGGGCGGCUAAUGCGGCCAAGGAGCUCGACAAGUCCCGACAUGCCAAGGAAGCUCUGGAUUUGGCUCGGAUGCAGGAGCAGACCACUCAGUUGGAGCAUCAGACCAAAGUGAAGGAGUACGAAGCAGCAGUUGAACAGCUCAAAGGCGACCAGAUUCGAAUCCAGGCAGAGGAGAGAAGGAAAACUCUGAAUGAGGAGACCAAGCAGCAUCAGGCGAGAGCUCAGUAUCAAGAUAAGCUGGCCAGACAGCGAUAUGAGGAUCAACUACGGCAACAGCAAGCCCUGAAUGAGGAGAACCUUCGCAAACAGGAGGAGUCUGUACAGAAACAGGAGGCCAUGAGGAAAGCGACGAUAGAGCACGAGAUGGAGCUGAGGCACAAGAAUGAGCUUCUGCGUAUAGAGGCCGAGUCUAAAGCACGAGCCCGCGUGGAGAGGGAGAAUGCUGAUAUCAUCCGCGAGCAGAUCCGUCUGAAGUCUGCAGAACACAGACAGACUGUCCUGGAGUCCAUUAAGACUGCAGGUGCUGUGUUUGGAGAAGGAUUCAGAGCCUUUGUGUCAGACUGGGACAAAGUCACAGCCACGGUGGCAGGUCUGACCCUUUUAGCUGUGGGAGUUUAUUCGGCUCGAAACGCAACAGCAGUAGCGGGACGUUACAUCGAGGCCAGGCUCGGGAAGCCGUCACUGGUGCGGGAGACGUCCCGAUUCACUGUGGGAGAGGCAAUCAAGCAUCCAGUGAAGAUGGCCAAACGGCUGAAGAGCAAACCUCAGGAUGCCCUUGAGGGAGUUGUGCUCAGUCCUUCCCUGGAAGAGCGUGUGCGUGAUGUUGCCAUAGCAACAAGAAACACGAGGCAGAACAACGGCCUGUAUAGGAAUAUCCUCAUGUACGGUCCUCCAGGCACGGGCAAAACUCUCUUUGCUAAGAAGCUGGCAAUGCAUUCUGGGAUGGACUAUGCAAUUAUGACUGGUGGUGACGUGGCACCCAUGGGCCGCGAUGGUGUGACAGCCAUGCACAAAGUAUUUGACUGGGCUAACACGAGUCGACGCGGACUUCUGCUUUUUGUUGAUGAAGCUGAUGCAUUUCUUCGCAAGAGAUCCACUGAGAAGAUCAGUGAAGACCUCAGAGCCACUUUGAAUGCAUUCUUGUAUCGCACCGGUGAACAAAGCAACAAGUUCAUGCUGGUGUUGGCCAGUAACCAACCAGAACAGUUUGACUGGGCCAUAAACGACCGUAUAGAUGAAAUAGUGAAUUUUGCUCUGCCGGGUCCUGAUGAGAGGGAGAGGCUGGUGCGGUUGUACUUUGACAAAUAUGUGCUGGAGCCCGCCACCGGAGGGAGGCAGAGGAUGAAGCUGGCACAGUUUGACUAUGGUAAAAAGUGCUCUGAGAUAGCGAAGCGGACAGAGGGCAUGUCAGGAAGAGAGAUCUCCAAGCUAGGUGUGGCCUGGCAGGCAGCAGCAUAUUCCUCUGAAGAUGGCGUCCUGACAGAGGCUAUGAUCGAUGCUCGUGUUGACGAUGCUGUCAAACAACACCUCCAGAAGAUGGACUGGCUGCAUGGAGAGGAGGAGGCUCAGACCAAGACCCUUACACCUCCCCCAGCUGGGGUGACAGCCAGCGGAGGCAAAAUGGGCUUUACUCUGCCCCUCUGUGAGGCACCUCAGGCUGAAGAGGUGAUCACUCCAGUCCUUGAGAUAAAUACAAAACAAGAAGGUGAAAGUAUACCACCUCUUUCAGACAUCGACCAAUCAGCAGAAGGCAAAAGUGCCACCCCAGCUGGACAGGACUGCGAAGGCGCUGUCACACCGGAAACUGCGGCAACAGCGGAGAGUUUAGUCCAGCCUCCUGCCUCCAGUGAGGGCAAGAUGGAAAAGGAAGACAAAACUGGAUCUUCUCCUCCAAAGGAUGGAACUCCAGUUUGAGUUGUAGAUUUGUUAAGUGGAACGGCCUUGAUUAAGAAGAUUAGUGACCUGCCCCUAACUAGUCUGCAGUUUAACAGUUUGUCUAAAAGUCUGUUGGACUGUCUAAGACAGAUGAAUUCAGCAGGUUGGGCGAGAUAAUCAAUUAACAUUUGAAAACACAAAUGACACCUGAGACUCUCAUUCGAAUAUAUAAUCGCAGAAGUGUACUUUACAUGGAAACCAGACUCUGUGUCUGUAAUAACAGUAUAUAAGUGUUGUGCACAGUGGAGUGUCUGUUGAAAUGAUUAAAUAGAUCUGUGUUUUUAUAAA